CACAUGGGUCCCAGGGUCACCUGUCCGUGGAAGGGCCAUUCCCCUAGCUUCCAGGCGAGGACCUGGAUUGAGCCCGUGGUGGCUUCGACUCAGGUGGCCAGCGCUCUCUAUGAAGCUGGGCUACUCCUGGUGUUGAAGGCAUCCUUCCAUGCCGGGGGCUCCUCCAACCACAGCUCCAGCCUCCUGACCCGGGGAGCUCCAGAGGACCAACAGCAGAAGGCCAUCUCCAACUUCUACAUCAUCUACAACCUCGUGAUGGGCCUGACGCCCCUGCUGUCCGCUUAUGGGCUGGGCUGGCUCAGCGACCGCUACAACCGCAAGAUCUCCAUCUGCACCUCGCUGCUGGGGUCCCUGCUGUCCCGCAUUGGGCUGCUGCUCAAGGUGCUGCUGGACUGGCCGGUGGAGGUGAUGUUCGGGGCGGUGGCGCUCCAAGGGCUGUGUGGGGGCUUUUCUGCCUACUGGUCUGGGGUCAUGGCACUGGGCUCGCUGGGCUGCUCCGAAGGCCGCCGCUCCGUGCGCCUCCUGCUCAUAGAUCUAGUCCUGGGCUUGGCAGGCUUCUGUGGGAGCAUGGCCUCGGGGCAUCUCUUCAAGCAGGUGGCUGGGCACUCCAGGCAGGGCUUCGUGCUCACUGCCUGCAGCGUGGGCUGUGCCGCUUUUGCCCUCUUCUACAGCCUCUUCGUGCUGAAGGUUCCCGAGUCUGUGACCAAGCCUUGCGAAGAGUUCCCCACAGUACACACAGUGUCUGGCACAGUGGGCACCUAUCGAACCCUGGAUCCAGAUCAGCUAGACAAGCAAAGUGUGUCAGAACCCCCUCUGUCUCUUGGAAAAGAAAAGCCUCCCAAAACUAUCAUUGCCCUCCUGUUUGUGGGAGCCAUCAUCUACGACCUGGCUGUCGUGGGCACAGUGGACGUGAUGGCUCUUUUUGUGCUGAGGGAGCCUCUCAGUUGGAACCAGGUACAGGUGGGCUACGGUAUGGCUUCCGGGUACACCAUCUUCAUCACCAGCUUCCUGGGCGUUCUGGUCUUCUCCCGCUACUUCCGGGACACCACGAUGAUCAUAAUUGGAAUGGUCUCCUUUGGGUCAGGAGCCCUCCUCUUGGCCUUUGCGAAAGAGACAUACAUGUUCUACAUUGCUCGAGCUAUCAUGAUGUUUGCUCUCAUCCCCAUCACAACCAUCCGAUCAGCCAUGUCCAAACUCAUAAAGGACACUUCUUAUGGAAAGACGUUUGUCAUACUGCAACUGUCCCUGGCUCUGACAGGGGUGAUAACAUCCACCAUCUAUAACAAGAUUUAUCAGCUCACCAUGGACAAGUUUGUUGGCUCCUGUUUUGUUCUGUCUUCUUUCCUCUCCUUCCUGGCCAUUGUCCCAGUUGGCAUCGUGGCCUACAAACAAGGCCUAAGGUCACAACAUGGAGACAGGACAGAGAAAUGA